CAGCUUCCAAACUUCAGCUCAGCUUGUCAGCUGCGUCCAAUUAUGCGCAGCAAUGGUGGUGAAAAGUAUCCUAGAAAUCGUCUCCUGCUGUUGCUUCGAAAAACUGGUCCAGCCUGAUUGUGCAUAGCAUGGGCCCUCACAUGAGCUCUGUAGCGGCAAGCUGCAUCAUGAGGUUUCGUUCCGCAAGCGGUGCAUAGCGAGAGCCUUUUCAUCAUAGUGUCGACAGAUCCACAACAAGCUUAGCCUCUUUGGGCGUCCUGGCAGACAAAGAUUCCGGUUGAAGAGCUGUGUCUGACUCCAGAUCAAGACCUUCAAUGAGCUGAGGAGGUUCAGCACACCAGCAUUGACAUGUGAAUCAGUACACAGUGCACAACCUUACACCGGCUAAACUCUUCCAGCUGGUGCCUUGUGAGAGGCUCUAGCCCCCCAAAACUUGCCCCAAGAGGAUGAGUGCCUCUGUCGCCCUACAGACUCUGUUGACUCAGACGUUGGGCAUAGCAGUGCCGGUCAUCAAUGCACCGAUGGCUGGGAGGCCUAAGCCAGUCGCAGGAGCAGAACUAGCGGCGGCUGUCGCCAGGGCCGGGGGCUUGGGUCUCAUCGGGGCGGCCGCCUGCACUCCGGUGCAACUGACUGAGGAGUUUGUUCAAGCGCAAGCGUUGCUCGGAGCUGGCGCAGACCCGCAACAUGCUGGCAUCGGGCUGGGGCUAAUCAAUGCAUUCACCGGCCCGGAGCUUUUGCAGGCUGCCAUCGACUGCCAGCCCCGUGCCAUCUGGCUCUCCUUCGGUCCAUUCAAGGAGCUGGCGCCCCCUAUCAAAGCCGCAGGCAUCAAGCUGAUCUGUCAGGUGCAAACGCUGGAGCAGAUUGGUGACGUGUUGCCACUCGGCGCUGACGUCAUCGUAGCUCAGAGUUACGAGUCGGGGGGCCAUGGCGCCAGUCACGCUACCACCUUCUGCUUCGUUCCCGAGGCUGUGGACUUCGUCCGGGAGCAGUGUGAAAAGGCCGGACGGCCCCCCGUCCCGGUCGUCGCGGCUGGCGGCGUGACCGACAGUCGACAGAUAGCGGCCGUCCUCGCUCUGGGGGGCGACGGCGUAGUGCUGGGCACGCGGCUCCUGGCCACCCCCGAAUGUGGAUCACGCGCUGAGGAGAAGGAGGCCGUCGCGGCCGCGGGUUCGGACGCGUCCGAAACGCCAGCGACGGUGCGGACACGGCUGUACGACGACCUGAGUUCGCUGCCAUGGCCACAAGAAGUGAACGGCCGCCUCCUUCAAAACAAGUUCAUCGCCGACUACGGGGCCCGAUUGGCCGGCACUCCCCCGGCAGAAAGAGAGACAGUGAAAGCCGAGGCCAUCGAAGUCCUCAAGCGGAGCGACUUCGACCGUGACGUCUCUGCGGUGUACUGCGGGGCGGGGGUCGGGCUGGUGCGCAAGAUAGAACCGGCCGAGGUGCUGGUGACGUCACUUGUGACGGAAGCGAAGGCCCGGUUGCAGAGACUCGGUGCGGAGUUGGCAAAGUGACCGGUGGGCUCGGCAGCGGCGAGCCCUUGUGCGUCACGGUCGUGAACCUGUAACAUAGAGCUAUGUAUGCAGAAAUAUGGCAUUACGAUGGGCGAUCACAGUGAAGAUGAGUUUUUCUUGACGAUAGGUCUACAGUCCAGGCGGAUAAUACGACUUUGACUUGCUUUAGGGUGUAGCAUGGCCGGAGAAUUUUGGAUAGCGCACAGAACCGGCUUUAAGACAAUCACUAUGCCUCACGAAUGGCCUUCAAAAUUAUAUCGGGGGCUCGAGCAGUUUUGAUAUGCUCGCAACAUAUCAGGUAGUUUUGAUAUGGCCUUGUAAUGGCACAACAUUGAUCCUUGUUAAGUCGGAAUUUGGCAUCCCCAUGACAUGCUUGAAGCUUGUCACAGUCUAAUUGAAGGGCUU